AUCAGGCUGGCAAGAAACAUGGCUUUUGAGCUCUUUGCUUAGCAUAAACUAGUCGUAAAUUGGCAGACAGAAUGGCUUUUGUCAAAUUCAUCCUAAUAGCAGCAGUGUUCAGUAUGGUGUUAAGCCUAUCUAAAGAAGAGGACCCUGAUGUGAUCACAAAACCUAUGGCUAUGGAGGCUAAAGUUCACAUUUCUAAGCCCAGCAUAACUGCCAGUUUAAACCAUCAAGUCCUGUACCAGGGUGAGGAUGUUGUUCUACAAUGUAAAGUUCCAGAGAAACUGACUGAUUUAGAAUAUGCUUGGGAUAAAGACUCUGUUCCCAUUAAGUCCAGUCAAUCUACCUACAACAUCAGUGGUGCCACAGUGUCUGACAGUGGAAAAUACUCAUGCAUGGCCAAAAGAGGAACAACCACGUCUGAAAAAAGUGACCCCCAAGUUUUAACUGUUAAAAACCCACCUCAGCCAAAAGUAAUUCUGAGUGUAGGAUGGAACCAUAUGUUUACUGGUGAAAAAGUGACUCUGAUUUGCGAAAUUCCAGACACAUCCACAGGCUGGAAAUAUACAUGGCUCAGAAAUUCACUAAAGAUUCCAGAUGAUGUUGAUACUAAGAAAACUGGUAAUAGCCUCUCAAUCCUUUCUACAAAACAGAAACACCAUGGAAAUUACACCUGUGAAACAGAGCUUCAAGACAGACCCCUGUCAAGAUUAUUGAGCUCAAAAUUUGCAUUGUCUGUUCAAGACCCACCUCAGCCAAAAGUAAUUCUGAGUGUAGGGUGGAGCCGUGUGUUUACUGGUGAAAAAGUGACUUUGAUUUGCAAAGUUCCGAACACACCCACAAGCUGGAAAUAUACAUGGCUCAGAAAUUCACUGAAGAUUUCAGAUGAUGUUGAUACAAGCAACACUGGUAAUAGCCUCUCAAUCCUUUCUGCGAAACAGAGACACCAUGGAAAUUACACCUGUGAAACAGAGCUUCAAGACAGACCCCUGUCAAAAGCCUUAAGCACAAAAUUUGCAUUGUCUGUUCAAGACCCACCUCAGCCAAAAGUAAUUCUGAGUGUAGGGUGGAGCCGUGUGUUUACUGGUGAAAAAGUGACUUUGAUUUGCAAAGUUCCGGACACACCCACAAGCUGGAAAUAUACAUGGCUCAGAAAUUCACUGAAGAUUUCAGAUGAUGUUGAUACAAGCAACACUGGUAAUAGCCUCUCAAUCCUUUCUGCGAAACAGAGACACCAUGGAAAUUACACCUGUGAAACAGAGCUUCAAGACAGACCCCUGUCAAAAGCCUUAAGCACAAAAUUUGCAUUGUCUGUUCAAGACCCACCUCAGCCAAAAGUAAUUCUGAGUGUAGGGUGGAGCCGUGUGUUUACUGGUGAAAAAGUGACUUUGAUUUGCAAAGUUCCGGACACACCCACAAGCUGGAAAUAUACAUGGCUCAGAAAUUCACUGAAGAUUUCAGAUGAUGUUGAUACAAGCAACACUGGUAAUAGCCUCUCAAUCCUUUCUGCGAAACAGAGACACCAUGGAAAUUACACCUGUGAAACAGAGCUUCAAGACAGACCCCUGUCAAAAGCCUUAAGCACAAAAUUUGCAUUGUCUGUUCAAGACCCACCUCAGCCAAAAGUAAUUCUGAGUGUAGGGUGGAGCCGUGUGUUUACUGGUGAAAAAGUGACUUUGAUUUGCAAAGUUCCGGACACACCCACAAGCUGGAAAUAUACAUGGCUCAGAAAUUCACUGAAGAUUUCAGAUGAUGUUGAUACAAGCAACACUGGUAAUAGCCUCUCAAUCCUUUCUGCGAAACAGAGACACCAUGGAAAUUACACCUGUGAAACAGAGCUUCAAGACAGACCCCUGUCAAAAGCCUUAAGCACAAAAUUUGCAUUGUCUGUUCAAGACCCACCUCAGCCAAAAGUAAUUCUGAGUGUAGGGUGGAGCCGUGUGUUUACUGGUGAAAAAGUGACUUUGAUUUGCAAAGUUCCGGACACACCCACAAGCUGGAAAUAUACAUGGCUCAGAAAUUCACUGAAGAUUUCAGAUGAUGUUGAUACAAGCAACACUGGUAAUAGCCUCUCAAUCCUUUCUGCGAAACAGAGACACCAUGGAAAUUACACCUGUGAAACAGAGCUUCAAGACAGACCCCUGUCAAAAGCCUUAAGCACAAAAUUUGCAUUGUCUGUUCAAGACCCACCUCAGCCAAAAGUAAUUCUGAGUGUAGGGUGGAGCCGUGUGUUUACUGGUGAAAAAGUGACUUUGAUUUGCAAAGUUCCGGACACACCCACAAGCUGGAAAUAUACAUGGCUCAGAAAUUCACUGAAGAUUUCAGAUGAUGUUGAUACAAGCAACACUGGUAAUAGCCUCUCAAUCCUUUCUGCGAAACAGAGACACCAUGGAAAUUACACCUGUGAAACAGAGCUUCAAGACAGACCCCUGUCAAAAGCCUUAAGCACAAAAUUUGCAUUGUCUGUUCAAGACCCACCUCAGCCAAAAGUAAUUCUGAGUGUAGGGUGGAGCCGUGUGUUUACUGGUGAAAAAGUGACUUUGAUUUGCAAAGUUCCGGACACACCCACAAGCUGGAAAUAUACAUGGCUCAGAAAUUCACUGAAGAUUUCAGAUGAUGUUGAUACAAGCAACACUGGUAAUAGCCUCUCAAUCCUUUCUGCGAAACAGAGACACCAUGGAAAUUACACCUGUGAAACAGAGCUUCAAGACAGACCCCUGUCAAAAGCCUUAAGCACAAAAUUUGCAUUGUCUGUUCAAGCCCGUCCACCAGCUUCGCUUACUUUGGAGACUAGCUGGUCUGACAUCAUGUCUGUGGACACACUGACUCUAAAAUGUGAAAUCAAAGAUGGCACACUUGAAUGGAACUACACCUGGUACAAAGAUGGUUUGUUUGAGCAAACCAUCCUUGAGGAGACAUACAGUGUGAAGGCCACAGAAGAGACUUUCAAGAGUGAAUACAAAUGCAGGGGCAACAGGACAGUGCGGCCACUAUACUCUUCCUUCAGUGAGGGCUUCAAAGCUAAUAAUAUUGUUCUAAAACGAAAGGUCCUGCUUGCCAUCUCUGGCUGUGUUGUCUGCAGUAUCAUCUUGCUAAUCAUUGGGUGCAUAGUUUUGAGAUUUACCCGCAAACCAGAAAAACAGGAGAUGGUGAAGGAAGACUUGUUUUUUUCCAUGACAGACUCAAAAACACAAACUACUUCACCCUUACAGGAAUAUCUCACAGAAAUUGGACCUCCACUUGACAAGGAAGAACGUGAUGAGAGCACAGCAAUACUUAAUGAGGCAACACCUAUCAUUGAGGAUCAGAUUAAAGAAGAGGGACUUCCAUCUAAAGAGGCUGGAGGCUUUACAUCUUUCAAAGUUGAGAAAUCACCACUGAAAGAGAAGGAUGGAUUACAGUCUCUUAAAGAACGUGAUGAGAGUACAGCAUUACUUAAUGAGGCAGUACCUGCAGUUGAUGAUCAGAUUAAUGUAGAGGUCUCUCCACCUAAAGAGACUGGAGGUUUUACAUCCUUCAAAGCUGACAUAUCACCAUCACCCGAAAGUAAUGGCUUAUCUUCUUAUAAUGUUGAGACAUAACCAUUGACAGAGAAAAUGGCUUAACAUUUUAAAGUCAAGAGUGCUAGUGAUGGAAUUGUACAAUCCCCUGUGAUUGGCUGGGGGCAUCAAGGAGGCAUCUGGAACCAUCUAGAACUUUGUUCUUCAAAUUAGCUGAAGACUGAAGAGGCCAAAUGUUUGUUCAACUUUUUGAUUGGUGCUGUAAUUAAACCUGAUUAAAUAGCGGUUCAGGUACAAGGCAUUUAAGGUGCUUUCUUGGGUCUUUGUAUUCACAACAAAAUAAAUAUAGUAAGAACUAUUGCAGUUACUUGGAAUUGACAUGCAACUACAAUAUAAUUUAAUUAUGCUUUGGUCUCUCGUCAGUAAAAAGCAAAAGAAAUCCUUAUGAUACAUACUAAGUAAGAUUUGAGUAUUAAAUUUGGGGUUAACAGGCUUGGGGUCAGGAGGUACUCUUUGUGUCAUUUUGGGGGCAUGUGGCAGCAUUGAUGCAAUGCAGUUACUGAUAGAAGUAGCAUUUUCUGGGGUGGAAAAGUAGCAAUGAUUCAAUUUCAGAUCAUUUGUGCUAAAGUCUCUACACAUCAUAAAGAAUAGCUUUGAAUUUGGUAUAAUGGAGUUUGGUAGUAACUGUUAAAGUGAAUAGUAGCAAAUUAUACCAAAAUCUCACAAUGGUCUUCAGCAAAAAGACUGUUGCCCAGAUUAUGCUACGAGGAGGUUUCAUCUAAAACAAAGCAUCACUGACAUUUCCUAGGUGUAGAACACCUCUGGAAAAGCCUGCCCUACACAGCAUAGUAAUAAAGAGAUUAAUUUGCUUUGGGUUCUUGUUUAAAAACUCAGAUGAUAAGGCAUAUGUAUCUGCUUGUUCCUUUGUCACUUUCCCUACCCUUAAGAUUUUAUCUCAAUCCAGCUCCUAAGCAUCAUGAGCCAUGAUUACCCGAAUUUCCUUGAUUACCUGAUUUUGAUGUGCUGGUAGAAGGUAUAUUGCUCAAAUGAAAAUCGCCUAGGAGCGUCCAUUCAACUCAUAAUAGUAUUAUACCCGUCUUGAGGGAGAUUAUACAAAGUAGUUGAUUUAUAAAGCAUAUUGCAAAGGACAUGAUGAAGUAAAUGUGACAUUUUGCUUUGUAAAUGUGCAAUACUGGUUAUAAUAAUGCGAUAUUGAGAAAUAAUCUGGCAACACUCAAAGUGGCCAUUAGUGCUAUCAUUUGCACAUUACCUUUAAGCUAUCUUGGUGUUUGUUUCAAAGAGAAACGUAGAUGAAAGCAAAAAUCAGAGUUGGAUAGGAUCAGUGUAGUAGAAGGUAUGCACAAGGCCAGUGAUCUUCAAUGUACUAUAGUUCUUUUCUUUUUUUCAAAAAAGUCAAUUUUAAUUAUUUACAAUCACCAGUGUUUUCUUUGUAUGCAGGGGUGAUUUUAUGUGUGCAUGUUUAAUUUGUUUGCUCAGUGCUAUGUCCUGUCUUUGGUCAGCACAAAAUACAUGCCUGGUUAUUUUAAUUUAGAAUUCUAUAAUAUUUACUAGCUUGUUAUAUUGAACAGUAGCCUCAUUUGUCAUAAUUCACAGUCGAGUAAGAACUUAUGUUAUCAUGAAAAUUGUAACAUUAUGUAUACAUUUAUAUUGUUUUUUAGAUUUGUCUGUUCCUCCUUUCACCUUUGCUUGUAUUUAUGAUUAGAGUGCAUGUGUGGAAAAUUUUGCAUGGUAUGAAAUUGUCUUUGCAGGGUUCUUAGUGCCAGACAUAUUAUGUACCAAAUCAAGAUAAUCUAAUGCAGACGAACUAAUCAACAAACAUAAACCUUGGCAAGCAAUGCUUUGUUUCUAUGCAAAAAAAAUAUAUAUAUAAUUCAUUUCACUUUUCAGCAGUCUAAAGCAAUUGUAGACAUAUUUUCUCUUAAAAGUAAAUGUUCUAGAAAGGGUUCUUUGCAUAUAAAAACCAACUUUUGAUACCCCAAACUUUUUAAAAAUUGAACGACCCUUCACACAAUGUAAAGGUUCUUAAGAAGCCUUAAAUUUGUAAAGAACCUUUGUAUUAUGUAACUGUUCUUCAAGCCUUUAAACAUGGUUCUCCAGAUAUCCGAAAGUACUUAUUCUAUGGCGCUGUGCAAGGAACCCUUUGUUGCACUUUUUUGUGUUGUUGCCUACUCACAGUUCAUAAUUGCUUGGUUUGAUUUGUUGUUUUUUUUGCCA